CCGUUGUGUUUAUCUGUGUACUACUUCCUGUUCACGCAAAGCUUCCCCCUGUCUCUAGCUUCUAGAGGCGGUAUAUUUAUAACUCGGUUAUUGUAUUGAUUGGAUAUGAUCAAGUAUUUUUCUAGUAUUCAGUGAAUGUCACCUUUGAAGUUUAGUUCCAGAGUUCCGUGUUUCGCGGGUGUUUUGAAGGUUUGCUCGUGUUGUUAGCCGCUCUGCUAACCCUACUAACGCUAUGACCGGACCCUCCGUUCAUCAUGGCGAGUGAAAGCACCGACACCAUCGCGACCAACGACGCGGACCCAGGCCCUCAGUCUGAUACUAACGAGCACGAUUACGCCCACACCUCCGCCGGUGGCAGACCAACGGCGGAGGCGUCCUUCUCCGGCUGUGGCAUCGCUCCAGACCGCUUCAGUGCUCCGACCGAGCCGGAUCAGAACGGGCAGCACGGCUCGUCCCUGUCCGUGGAUCCGGCCGUCGGUGCGGAGGUGGACUGUGCCGAUGGGAAUGUUGUGGAGAUCGGGCCUCAUCCCCCAAACACCGAGGACAACACCGGACAUGCUGUUACCGUGCCACGCGAUGGUCGCACGCGACCGAAGCGGCCGGAGGACAGAAACUGCAGCUGCUGCAAGAGUGAGUUUGAGCGACGCGGCCGAAGGUUCGACCGGAGGGCGGUGUACACCUUCACCACCCCGGACACCGUGCACUGGGCCUUCCCGGGCGCCAUCGUUCAUGACAAAUCAUUCAUCUGCGAGACGUGUGCACAGAUGAUCCGCAGCAAAUGCAAACGUAAACAGACCGGAAAACGACCGAUCUGGCUGAAGCCGCCCCCGAACAAACAGUCAGAGUCAAGAGACAAGAAGAUGAAAGAGCGUCGGAUGGGGAAGAAGCGCAAAGCCGCUCUGCUAGUGAGCAAGUCCUGUUAUAAGUCUGCCUUCAAGAUGCUGUGGUCGGCCAAAGGAGCCCGGAAACACAUGAUGGACUUCCUGAGUAAACAGCUGAAGGGGGAGAUGAAGGCCCUGUCACGGCAGGCUGACAGUCCUUUCCAUCAGAAGGUGACCAGCAGGAGGCCGCUGACCUCAUUUCCAUGGCGACGCUGUCUGAACUGGGCUCAGGACCGAGCGCCACUCGUCACACACUGCCUCCGCUCGCUGUUCCCAGACAUGAACGCCCUCGCCAAGAGCAGGCACCAGCUGUCGGAGGAACAGGCCCAGAUGCUGCUGGAGCGCCGGGCUGUCGUGGCACUCUCCAUCCCUCUGUUCACCAGGAACAUCUGGAAGAACAACUUCCUUCAGGCGGCUCUGGGGGCGGAGCUCCGGCUGCAGGGCUGCUCUGGUUCUGCCCUGGAGGCCCUCAACACCAUGGGACUGUGUCAGAACAAGGACACCGUGAGGUUACUGCUGCUCCGACUCCGCAAGGGCAAGAGAGGAGGGCCAACACAGAAUGGACGGCAGAGGAUGAAGAUGAAACAAGAACAGCUGAAAGCAGAGCAAAUGGCAGACAUAGAAGAAGACGAUGAAGAGGAGGAUGAAGAGGAGGAGGAGGUAGGAGAUGAGGAAGAUGAAGAAGAUGAAGACGAGGAAGAAGAGAUGACGCAAAUGGAGCUGGCAGUGGAGGAAGAGGAGGUGGAGGAGGAGGAGGUUCAGGACGGAGUUCAGGAGGAAGAUGAGGAGGAUGAAGAUGAGGAGGAGAAAGAGGAGAAGAAGAGGAGGAGGAAGAAAAAGGCCAAGAAGCAGAGGAAGGAGGAAGAGAAGAAAAAGGAGCGAGGGAAGCAACGGCAGGAGGAGGAGGAUGAUGACGAAGGCCCGGAGCAGAAGAAGAGGAGGGUGGUGGUGGUUCGACUUGGCCUCCUCAAAGGACACUCGGAGGUGGGACGCUCCGACCUGUCAGCCCCCUGACCAGACCCAGCCCCGCCUCCAUUCUGUAGGGCUGCUGAGAUGCAUUCUGGGAACUGUAGGAGAGCAGAGACUGAUGCUUUAUGUUGAAUAUUUUUUACUUUUAGAAAAAUCACUGAAUGUUUCACUGGAACGGUAAAUAAAACUGUCACCUGAUUGACGUGCAGCUCCCCACGGUUAUGUGACGAUCAUGUGACGGCCAUGUGAUGGGCAUGUGA